GAGGAGGGGGGCGUGGUCACGUGGUGGUGAGGCCUGGUGCUUUCGCUUCGUUAUUUGGGACCUGUCCGCGCUCUUUGAGAUCGAGAGGAUUUUUUUCUUUAAAUUAUCUCAAACACACGGCAACUCGGACGUACAGGAGGCGCGCGCAUCAUAUUUCCGCGUGCAGUAGUCCAACGACAACGCAAACAUGGCUUCGACGGCCGCGGGGAAGCAGCGAAUCCCGAAAGUGGCUAAGGUGAAGAACAAAGCACCGGCCGACCUGCAGAUCACAGCGGAGCAGCUGCUUCGCGAAGCCAAGGAGAGAGAGCUUGAGCUCCUGCCGCCACCGCCGCGCCAGAAGAUAUCCGACGAAGAGGAGCUUGCGGAUUACAAGCUACGCAAGCGCAAGACAUUUGAGGAUAAUAUCAGGAAGAAUCGGACAGUGGUCACAAAUUGGAUAAAGUACGCACAAUGGGAGGAGAGCUUGAAAGAAAUCCAAAGAGCACGCUCUUUAUACGAGCGUGCCCUGGAUGUGGAUCACCGCAACGUGACACUCUGGCUGAAGUAUGCCGAGAUGGAGAUGAAGAACCGGCAAGUGAACCAUGCGCGCAACAUCUGGGAUCGUGCGGUCACCAUCCUGCCACGAAUCAACGCAUUCUGGUACAAGUACACAUACAUGGAGGAGAUGCUGAGUAACGUGGCAGGCUGCCGGCAAGUGUUUGAACGCUGGAUGGAGUGGGAGCCGGAGGAACAGGCCUGGCAUUCUUACAUCAACUUUGAGCUCCGCUACAAGGAGGUGGACGCAGCCCGUGCAGUCUACGAGAAAUUUGUCAUGGUGCAUCCCGAGAUAAAGAACUGGAUCAAGUAUGCCCGCUUCGAGGACCGGCACGGCUACACGGCACACGCACGCCGCGUGUACGAGCGGGCCGUCGAGUUCUACGGCGAGGAGCACAUGAAGGAGCCGCUUUUUGUUGCCUUCGCCCGCUUCGAAGAAGCCCAGAAAGAGUUUGAUCGCGUGCGCGUGAUAUACAAGUAUGCCUUGGAUCGUAUACCGAAGCAGUCAUCUCAGGAGCUCUUCAAGAACUACACCAUGUUUGAGAAGAAGUACGGCGACCGCCGCGGUAUUGAGGACGUCAUCGUCAGCAAGCGCCGCUUCCAGUACGAAGAGGAGGUCAAGGCAAACCCGCACAACUACGACGCCUGGUUUGACUACCUGCGCCUGGUGGAGAGCGACUGCGAGGCGGAGUCCGUGCGCGAGGUGUACGAGCGAGCCAUCGCCAACGUCCCUCUGCUGCCAGAGAAGCGCCACUGGCGCCGCUACAUUUACCUGUGGAUCAACUUCGCGCUGUUCGAGGAGCUGGAGAUGAAGGAUCCAGAUAGAACAAGACAAGUUUACCAAGGCUGUCUAGAGCUUAUUCCACACAAAAAGUUCACCUUCAGCAAGAUCUGGCUGCUGUUUGCACAGUUCGAGAUUCGGCAAAAGAACCUGACAGCUGCUCGAAAAGUCCUCGGCAUGUCGAUUGGCAAGUGCCCCAAGAACAAGCUGUUCAAGGGCUACAUUGAGCUGGAACUGCAACUGCGGGAGUUUGACCGCUGCCGGAAGCUCUACGAGAAGUUCUUGGAGUUUGCGCCGGAGAACUGCACGACGUGGAUGAAGUUCGCGGAGCUGGAGACCAUCCUGGGAGACGUGGAGCGCUCACGAGCAAUCUAUGAGCUGGCAGUCGGGCAGCCACGCCUCGACAUGCCCGAGGUGCUGUGGAAGUCCUACAUCGACUUUGAGAUCGAACAAGAGGAGUGUUCCAGGACACGGAAUCUGUACCGCCGCCUCUUGCAGCGCACGCAGCACGUCAAGGUAUGGAUAAGCUUCGCCAAGUUUGAGCUGUCGGUGGAGGGCAAAGAACGCGUCUCGCGUUGCCGGCGUGUGUACGAGGAAGGCAACCGCUCGCUGCGCAGCUGCGAGGAGAAGGAAGAGCGAGUGAUGCUGCUGGAGGCAUGGCGCGACUUCGAAGAUCCGUUCGGCAAUGAAGACAGCCGCGAGCGGGUGCAGAAGCUGAUGCCCAGCCGUGUCAAGAAACGCAGAAAGGUUCAGACGGAUGACGGGUCGGAUGCUGGCUGGGAGGAGUAUUACGACUACAUCUUCCCUGAAGACUCGGCCAACCAGCCCAAUCUUAAGCUGUUGUCCAUGGCCAAGAUGUGGAAGCAACAGCAGUACAUGGAGGCUCAUGGCAUAGCAUCUACUGCCCAGGGGGCACCACAGUGGGUAGAUGAACCAAUGGAAGAGGAUGAGCAACGAGAGAGCGAUGCGCAGACAAGUGCCCAACGACAGCCAGGAAAUGAGAAAGGUACCGUGACAGCUCGGGAUAAAAGUGACGACGAUGAUGGUGGUGAUGGUCGUGAAGAAAGGGGAGAGGGUGUUGCCACUGGUGAUGGAGACUCUGGUAGCGUCAACGAAGGGGAAGGCGAGUCUUCAGGAGAGACGAGCAAGAAAACGCCAAUAGAGAUGGAAGUGGGUGGUGGUGGCGGUGAUGAUGAAUUGGUCUCCACAAAAGCAAUAAAGAAGGAGCAGGAGAACAUUGGUGACAGAGACCCAGACAAAGACCGGGAUGAGACGGAGGACUCGUGAUAAGGCUGCCGCAUUCUCUUUGCUGCCAUUCAUCUGUUUUACCCACAGUCUUAAGUGGGUUCUAGGCAGCCACUAUAUGGAUGGAUAUCUUCAAUUUGUAGUAAAAAAAAGGCCAUUAGCAGUGGGGGGGAUGUACAAGGAAAUGUAUUUUAAAAACGUACCAUAUUUGUCAUUAACACCUACAUAUAACUGAAAAGAUAUAGCAGACAUUUUUUGGUAAUGUAGAAUUUUUGAUACUAUUAAUGGCAAAGGUGGUGAAGUUUUGAUUUCCUGGCCAAUUGGCAAAGCUUGGAGUUAGAUCAGCCCUUUGAAAAUAAUUAUUAGAAUUGUGUGAUGUAUUGUGUACUUCGCACGGACAAACACCAAUAAAUUCAAACAUUUGUAAUUAGGUCUUACUGCUGAUGGGUUACAUCGUUUUAUUUUGGUUAAUAAAAAAACUGUGACUGUC